AUUGCAGGAGAACAACCAUAUACGAUGUCAGAAUAAAGUAAGACAAAUGGAGCAGCAGAAUUUAACCAAUUUAAUACAUACUACUUUCCAUCAAAUGGAUAGCGAGAAUAUAUACACGGGCACAUACUUAAAGAUCGCAAGACUGACCUAUCUGUUUCAGCAGAUUAAGUACAAAAUGUCGUCUGCAAUAGAAGAAUGCUGCUUACAGUUCCCGAGUCACAUCUUCCAGAGAAUGAAAAGCAGAAUUCUUAGCAAAUGGUUUAUAGUCCAAGACAAGUGUGGCGAUUUCAUUGGUCCCUCACAAUGUGACGCAAGCACUGAAAUAAUCAUUGAAUCACCAAUGAGAUGUGAGGACGCACGUGACGUCAUUUAUCUCUUACUGAAACACGCGCAUCACAUUUUGCUACAGUCUAUUCCUGUUAUAGACAUUGCUGUUACGGAAUAAAUUAAACAUUUUUCUUGCAAGAGCAAUGGAACAAUUUGCGUAUCUUGCGCAAAAGGCAGAUUGGUGCUUUCAUAUGAUUUGAUAAUACUAUUGGCAGUAACUGUCAUAAUUAUUAAAUAUUGCCUGAGUUUACACAAGCAUUAUACGUAUCUUGCGAAUGAUGUGCAUAUAUGUUAUUUAAAUAAACUUG